CGACGGGACGGGGUUCUCGCUCGCGGUCCUCGCGUGCUCUGCCCCCGGGUGUUUCUUCGCGGCCCGCCCGGCGGCCGGCUUGCUUGUCUCCGAGCCCCACGCGAGAGACGGGAGAACGCCGAGGAACGGGAGGAGCCCGAAGCCGCGGAUCCUACGAGGAAGGGAGGAGCAGAAAGUUUUGUCCGCCGAUCGCCUGCUUCUACUUUCGGUUUCCCCCUCGGUCCGGGCGCUCGGAGAAUCCCGCUCCUCGUCCGAGCUUCCCUGCGGGGUCUCUCGCCCCGGGGCCGGGCAUCGCGCUUCGGCAUCGCACCUGGGCCGGGAAGGAGAAGCAUAGCUAUGCCGUGAGGCUGCUGGGGCGGAGAAUGCAGCUGGAACAUGAAGAUGGAGUUAAGAAUUGAGCACAUGUGGGAUGGUUUACCUGUGAGCCACGACCCCGUAGCAAUUGCACUUCAGUCGUAUGAUGCAGGUCUGCUAAUGCAAGUGAGUGCUCCCUUCUUCAAUGAUCCUCCAGCGCCACUUGGAGCGCCAGGGAAACCCUUCAGAAAACUGUGGGACUAUGAAGUUGUAGAAGCAUUUUUCUUGAGUGACGGAAGUGAGCAGUAUCUAGAAGUUGAACUUUGUCUUCAUGGACAACACUUACUGUUGCUGCUUUCUGGCGAAAGAAGAGUGUGGAAAGAAGAACUUCCCUUAGAAUUCGAUGUGACCAGAACGGAAACCAAAUGGAGGGGUAGAGCUCAUCUGCCUUGGAAUUAUUUUCCACCAGGCAUUAAUAAGUUCAAUGCCUUUGCAAUCCACGGCUCAGGAGAUCACAGAAAAUACGAAGCACUUUAUCCUGUGCCUCGACACAAACUUCAGGAAGGCCAGAAACCAGACUUUCAUCGCCUGGAAUUUUUCCAAGAGUUCAAUCUGAAAGAACUAAUGGGAGAAGACUGGAAGCAGCCUGAAUCAGACAUAUGGAAGUCUCACAUUAAAUAGCAAACUGGAUUGAAGCUUACGUUUUUGCUCGCAUUAAGUUUGGAUGCAAGUGUAUGAGAACGAGUGAUGUUGGGCAGAAACUGUGGGAAUGGAAUGUUGUUUCUGCACUAGAAACUACAUUACAACUAACGAGAUAAAUAUUUUUCUAAAUAGCUUUUUUUGGAAAGGUCUUUUUACUUCACCAGGGGUCUCUGAUAGUCUUUGCAUGCUCAGCAAUAGGUGAAGUAAUUUAUAGCCACAGAAAUUAGGUAGAUGGAGUAACUUGUAGGUACACAGACUGCAUGCAGCUCUAGUCUGUCCAACCAAUUCUUUGAAAGAUAUUUUUUCAA